AAAUGACUCGGUGACCACCGUCUCAAUCCUGCAAAAAGCUGCCUCACAAAUUGAAGUCACACAGCCUCAAUCCCCAGGUCCAAACCAGAUCAUGGCAGCAUCUUUACCGUCGUCGACUUUGACACUCUUUUCUCGUCGGAGACACGCACAAACCCCUUCAUCUGUUUUUUGUCGAGCCCCUUCAAAUUCAAGGGUUCGGGUAACAGCAGCUCAACAAACCCAACUCCCAAAACCCACAAAUCACUGCAUAUUUCAGAAGAAGAAGGCUGUGGCGAUUGCGGCUGUUUUGGGAGCUGGGUUUGCCAUCACACUUGUGGGCCACGCAUCGGCUGCCGAGUUACCAUUGUUGGGCUCUUUUUUGCAGCUAAACGAACCGCCCAAUGCCCUCUCGCUCCCCACCUGGGCCGUCCAUGUCUCCAGCGUCGUAGAAUGGGUUACGGCGAUGGCGCUAGUGUGGCAGUACGGGGAGAAAUGUGGGUAUGAGUCGUGGAAGGGGCUUUCUUGGGGUAUGGUACCUCUACUCGGUGGAGCACUUUGUGCAUGCACUUGGCAUUUCUUUUAUAACUCCGAGUCUCUUGAUGUUCUGGUGGCACUUCAAGCAGCAUUGACAGUUAUUGGCAAUGCUACCAUCUGUUUUGCUGCAUAUCGCAUAUGCAGAUCAUCAGAGGGUAGUUCAAAGAAAUCAUAGAUCUUCACUAUCUUACAUCUGUUUGUGGAUUAAAUUUCCCACCGACUUGUUUCUCAGUUUGGAAACAAGCAGGAAGCUUCGUCAUUCUUGAAUCAUGAUGCGGAUAUAACUGGGAAUUCCCAUUCAAAGGAUCAGCUAUUUGGUCUUAUAUUGUUAUGAAAUGAUUGGAAAAACAUAGAUGGGCAAAGGAGGCUUUUGAGCUGUGCUUGGAAACAAGGACUACUCACUCCCUUUGAUUGUUGGUAAGUUUGUCAACCAAGUGGAUUGACCCUGGGCCUCCCUACUUGCAGUAAUGUACAUUUUGCUUGAAAGUUUGGAAAAAUCAUCAUAAAGGUUACCGCACCUUUAGACUUCUGGUUCCCCUAGGUUGCCAAACAGUGAUGUUUGAACCUUCAAAAGCGUGUUCUGUUUUAUGGUACUUUUAAUGUUAUUUUUACCACUCUUAUGUCAACAAUGGCACCUUCCUCUCCAGGCCUUUUUAUGGCAUCCAUAAUUGCUCUUUUGACUGCCAAGCUGUUUAUGUGUCUGAUCACAACUGUUGAAUGUGAAAAACUGAAAAAUGGUUUGAGUUGGAAAGAGGGAUUUGGUUCUGUGUUUUGGUAAUUUUCUUUAAAACUGCAAUUAUGGGCUUUUUUGA